UGACAGGAUGUGGGAGGCCACGACGAAACACGCCAGGCAAUGCGAGGCCGGCGACAGGGUGUACGCGUACACCGCAGGGCAGACCGGCGGCGUCGGCGGCGCCACCGUGUACGUGAACUCCAUCUGCCAGCUCGUCAAGAUCGAGCUCGCCGGCGUCGAGUGCGUGCCGCAGCACCUCAACAGGGCGCAGAAGGCGUACGUGCACCAGCUGCUUCUUGAGGCGUUCGAGCAGCGCGCCAGCCUCCAGGAGGCCGACAUGCUCCCCCACGCCAGCCACAGCAGCAACGACCUCCCACUCCUGCAGAACGCAGCACCGGCCGUCCCGCCGCCGCUCCCCGCGACUCCGCUCUGGUUCCAGGGCACCCCUGACAUCGACUUCCAGAUCAUCGACGACCUCGCCAACCAAGGCAACUUCGCCUUCAAGAUGUUCGACGAAUGAAAGGGCUAAGAAAAAUCGCCUUCAAGAAGUUUAAGCUGUACAUUAACCAAGCUACUAGUAUUACGUGGUAUGUGUCUACACGAAGAACGUGU